AUGCUCAAAACUGGGUACUUGGUUAUGGAUUAUAUUGGCAACUCAGAUGUGCAAAUGCUCUCAGAGACUUGGGAUGAACACCGCCAUCAACGGGAUAAGAGAACGAACCUUUUCAAGGGACUUUCUCGCAUUAUGCUCUCUUUAAGUCGGGUGCCGCUACCUCGCAUAGGAUCUUGGACCUUGGACUCGAAUGGGGCUUUGCGACUUUCUAAUCGACCUCUCACCCUUCGACUGCAUCAAUUAGAGAACUCGGGGAUUUCGACCAACGUUAGUCGAAGUUUGACCUACUCGGUAGCGGACGCGUACUAUCUUGAUCUUCUAUCUUGUCAUGAUAGUCGUAUACGGAACCAGCCAAACUCCGUCAGCGAUGCGGAUGAUGGCCGGGCUCAGAUGGCAAGAUUAACGAUGAUGAAAGCACUCCUGCCUCAUUUCUCUAAAAGAGAACAUCGAGAAGGACCUUUUUUUUAUAGGCUCACGGAUCUCCAUCCUAGUAGUAUCUUCGUUGACAGCCAAUGGAACGUUAAGUUUGUGAUUGAUCUCGAAUGGGCCUGUUCACUGCCAGCCGAAACUUUGCGUCCUCCAUACUGGUUGACCGGCCGCUCAGUCGAUGACUUAACAGGAGAGCACCUUGGAGAAUUCAGGGAGGCGUACGAAGAGUUCGUGGAUAUUUUUGAGGAGGAAGAAAAACUCUUUCCUCCUAUCAACAAUGUCUAUUCCUAUAGGACCACUCUUAUGAGAAAUGGUUGGCAAGUCGGAAACUUUUGGUAUUUUCAUGCCUUGGACAGCCCGAAGGGCUUAUUUAACCUCUUCCGUCAAAAUGUUUAUCCCAUUUUUGCGCCUUCACAUCAGGUUGCUGCCGAGUUUUCGCGGCUUGUAUCGGAGAAGGUCGUAUCCGGUAACCUAAGUCUCUUAUUCCGUUACGCCACUGAGGCUGAAGCUACCAAGACCUACAAUCAAUGGAUCAACUACCUAAGCGCGAGAGCUAUUUACAUAAGAAUUGUCUCCAAGAAUGCCGCUGUACAGGGUAUAGAAAAGCACACGUUGUCUGGCACAAAGGGUAUCCGAGAUAUACAGCAGAGACGGACCGGAUUUAAGCCGCAGCAGUAUACCGAUAAGUCUAAUAUCGGGUCCCUCCUUACCUGCAGGACUUUCAGUUCUCCGCUCGUUACCUGCGAGAUUAACGAACGAGUUUACGCAGAUUCGGAUCACUAUCUUAUACGAACUCUUCUGGAUAUUAUCACUAAAAUCCCUAAGACACAGCGACAAAAGAACUGGAAAACCUGCAGCGUCAAGGACCUGCAGAGUUUCGUGGAUCUUAACCUACAGAGCAAGGCCUUUCCCUUACAAGCGAAACAGCAUAUUGAGCUCGCUAUAGAAUAUUUUAUCGAGACGGUUAACCAAGGAAUCGCUGCCUCUACCCUGUGGGCGAAGCUCAGCAAGUGGACAAACCCUUCAUUUAAUGCAGAAUGCCGCGAAAUGGUCAAGAUCACCCGAAAAUUCCGGCAUAAAUAUACGGAAUCAAUUAUUGCGAACGGCCUUACCGACCUUACUACAGGCUUCCAGUAA